CGUCUAGAAUCUCUAAAAUUCUCCAACGUUUCACAAUCAAAGACCCAAGAAAAAGAAAAUCAAAAUUUCCAUGAAACUCAUCAGCCUUUCCAGUUCUAAAUAUAUAUCUCCACCUACCAUUUUUGCUCCCUUUAUUUUCCAAACCUCUCUGAAUCACAGCCAUGGCUGCCAAAGAACAAGGCAAGCCCCUAGCCCCAGCCAACGCAUACUAUCUCCGCAGUGAUGAAGAAGAAGUUAUCGUCUCCUCACACAUAAAGCUCAGCCAAAGAAAAUAUGUAAUGUGCUGUGGCUGUGUCUCGGCUCUCUUCUUAAUCAUAGCCGUAACAGCCAUAGUUCUCGGCUUCACAGUGUUUCACGUAAAGGGCCCGAGGAUCAAGAUGAACGGGGUCACAAUCCAACGGCUGGAGCUUGCCAACGGAACCCUACGCUCGGGUACUAAUGUGACACUCCUAGCUGAUGUCUCGAUCAAGAACCCUAACGUGGCAUCUUUCAAGUAUGGGAACACAACCACUAGGGUUUACUACAGCGAGACGGAGGUGGGCCAGGGGAGGACUCCGGCAGGGGUGGCAAAGGCGAGGAGGACGAUGAGGAUGAACGUGACGGUGGAUAUUGUUCCCGGGGAGAUCGUGGUGGUGCCGGGGUUCAUGAGGGAGGUUGCAUCAGGGACGUUGAAGGUGAGCACUUAUACAAGGAUUCAAGGUAAGGUGAAAAUUCUUAUGGUCAAUAAAAAUGUGGUGGUGGAAUUGAAUUGUAGCAUGACGUACAAUUUUGGAAGCAAGGAGAUUGAAGGAGAGGACUGCAGGCGAAGGGUUAGUCUUUGAUUAUUACGAUUCACCGAAUCACAGGUUGCUAAAAGAGCAGUCGUUGUAUUGUAUGUAACCUUUUACCAUUACCAAUCAUCACAAGAGUUGAAGGCCAAAAUCUGCAAUUCUGGUCUCUUUUUUUUUUUACUUUGUCGAAGCAAUUUUUUUCUGUAUGCCCAGCAGGAUAGAAAAUAGAUAGAAAGAAAAAGUCAGACGUGACA